AUAUCACUAAAAAUUCCGGAUGUAUGGAUGGGAGUAAUUUGUUUGGCUAAAUAAAUUUUCAUUUCCUACUUUCUGACAAUAUUCAAAUCCAUCCGCUUGCGUAAAUGAAGUGAAAGAACUACUUCCAAGUCAACCAUGAGUCUUCUUCAAAUAAUGCAAAAACGACACACAUAACUCUUGACUCUUCCAUUCUUCGUUUAACAUCUCGUUCUUCGUUCUAGGCUUCUAGCUCAAUACAAACACCCGAAUAUAAAUCAUUCAAUUUAAAAACAAUAGUUGAAAUUUUCGAGUUCACUCAAAACAAUCCAUGUCCAGGGGAGCAGAUCGGAGCUGCUGCAACUUCUGCUGUACCUUCCUAUUCACCUCCGGCCUCACCGCUCUCUUCUUAUGGUUAAGUCUGCGUGCCUCAAACCCUACAUGCUCCAUCCAGCAAUUUGACGUUCAUGCCCUCAACAAAACCGCGAACGCCACCUCAAACCACACAAUCUACUUCGAUCUCAAACUAGAUAACAAAAACAAAGACAAGGGAAUUUACUACGAUGCCCUCAACCUCACGUUUUAUUACGGCACCAACAAGAGUCAACGUAUUGGUAACUUUACCAUCAAGGGCUUUUACCAGGGGCAUCAUAAGAAUACCCAUAGGGAAAAUAACGUGACUUUUGAUGCGGUUUCGGUUUCGGGUUCGGUUUUUCGGGUGGAUUUGGAAACGAAGGUGAGGUUCAAGAUCAUGGGGUUUAAGACUAAGAGACAUAGGAUAGCUGUGUGGGCUCAAGUAGAGGUGAAUGAUAAUGGUCAGAAAAAGAAGAAGAAGGGGAUCAAGUUGAAAUCCGGAGCACCGGAGUUUCAACGCUAUCGUGCAAGGGGACUAUUGUUUUUAGUUGUCUUUAGUUCUACAUUGGUCUUGUUGUCUAUUCUUUAGACUUUGUUUAUUUGUAUUUUGUUGGUACUUUAAUUUUUAAAGUUUUAUUUUGUGCCGAUAGAA